GAGAGAACGACUCACGACACAUGUGGUAACGCGACUCCAUUUCUUUUCUCCAUCGUAGAAGAAGACUACGCGGUUUAAACCAUGUCUGACGCCGAAAAUGAUGAUGUUCCCUCGGCAAUGGCCGGAAGUACCAUGGACGUAAACCAAGCGCUCCAAGAAGUCUUGAAAAACGCUUUGAUCCACGAUGGAGUAGUUCAUGGUCUCCAUGAAGCAGCGAAAUCCCUUGACAAGAGGCAAGCAAUGCUGUGUAUCCUGGCCGAGAACUGCGACGAGCCAAUGUACAAAAAACUUGUCCAGGCUCUCUGCAACGAGCACCAGAUCCCCCUUAUCAAGGUCGACAACAACAAGAAGCUCGGCGAGUGGGCCGGUCUCUGCAAAAUCGACAGUGCGGGAAAAGCACGAAAAGUUGUUGGCUGCUCUUGCGUCGUCAUCAAGGACUUUGGUGAUGAAACCCCAGCAAAGGAUGUCCUUAUGGAGUAUUUAAAACAGAAUAGUGUCCAUUAAACUAUUUUAAAUAAAUAAUGAUAUAAAAUAUAAUUAA